GCACACACAUCAACCAGACUGUGCUGAUUUCCUAGGAACCAUGUCCCUGCUGAAGUGCUCCCUGUUCAUUGUGGUUCUCCUCAACUCUACCUUUCACAGCUUGCUUGUGAACAGUGUGCGUUGCAGUGGAACUCCUUCGUCGAUACUUCUGACCCAGCGCUGGGCCAAGACAGAAUGCAAAGACCCGAAUCUGAAAGGCAAUCCAGCAUGCAACUCGAAUAAAUGGACUCUUCAUGGACUGUGGCCUGAUAAAGUGAAAGUAAUUGAUGCAGAUCCAUUGACAGACGACUUCUUUAAUACAUUUGAGAAUUAUCAGCAAAUAAUGAGGACAGACUGGACAUUUUUGGGCAGCGCUGAUCAAAAUACUUACAUACGUGAAACCAAAAAAUUCUGGAAUCAUGAAUGGAUGAAACAUGGAUAUUGCGCCAAGGACUUCAUUGGAUCUGAUCAGCCAAAGUCGUACUUUGAGAAAGCUUUGGAACUUUACCGCUCAGAAGAUCUUCUCGGCCGUUUGACUUCCAGUGGUAUUGAACCAAGAGAUGAUAAAACUUACCAAGAGUAUGAGAUAAUACAAGCCUUUACUACUGAAACACCUUUUGUCAGACCUAUUCUCAGUUGCAGAGCAAUGAACCGUAGAACGUACUUGUCAGAGAUCAGCAUUUGUUUUGAUCAGAAUCUGAAAGCGAUUGACUGUGAAUCAGGGGGCAGCAAUGUAUGUCCUAAAGGUGCCAUCACAUAUCCACUGACAUGAAUAAAAAGGUGGCCAUUGUCUCCAGCUUUGACUUUUGCAUGGAAUCUGUUUUCUUACACACGUUUCUACAAUGCUUAUGCUUUGCCUGCUCGAGAUACUGUGACAUUUCGUCAACUGCUUAUCUGUAACAGCUUUGCGAAUAAAUAAAUACGUAAUUCACAAAAGCAUCAUUUAAACCGUGUGG